UUGUCCGAGCCGGGAGUUAGCGCUGUCGCUGCUGUUUUGCGCUGUUCCUGUCUGGUGCUCCGAAAUGCUGCUGCCGUUCCUACUGCUCUGCUCUGUGGCUGGCAUUGCCCGGUCCACUGUCUACUUCACCGAACAAUUCGCAGACGGAGAUGCCUGGGAGAGCCGAUGGGUUGAAUCCAAACAUAAAUCGGACUACGGCAAAUUCAAACUAACAGCUGGAAAAUUUUAUGGAGAUCUGGAGAAAGACAAAGGUAUCCAGACCAGCAAGGAUGCUAGGUUUUACGCCCUUUCAGCAAGAUUUGAGCCAUUCAGCAAUGAGGGGAAAAAUCUAGUGAUUCAGUUCACUGUGAAACAUGAGCAGAAGAUAGAUUGUGGUGGUGGCUAUAUUAAACUCUUCCCAGCUGAUGUGGAUCAGGAUGCUAUUCAUGGAGAAUCUGAAUAUUAUCUCAUGUUUGGUCCUGAUAUUUGUGGAUACUCAACAAAGAAAGUACAUGUAAUUAUCAACUACAAAGGCAAGAACCAUCUCAUCAAGAAAGAUAUUAAAUGCAAGGAUGAUGAGUUGACCCACCUCUACACGCUGAUCGUUAAACCUGAUCAGACAUAUGAAGUUAAGAUUGACAACGCAAAAGUGGAGUCUGGUAAUCUGGAAGAUGAUUGGGAUUUUCUGCCACCAAAGAAGAUCAAGGACCCUGAGGUAUCCAAGCCAGAGGACUGGGAUGAUCGAGAGACAAUCGACGAUGUUGAUGAUAAAAAGCCAGAGGAUUGGGAUAAACCUGAAAACAUUCCAGACCCAGAUGCCAAGAAACCAGAGGAUUGGGAUGAAGAAAUGGAUGGGGAGUGGGAGCCUCCAAUGAUCCCAAAUCCAGAUUUCAAGGGUGAAUGGAAACCCAAACAAAUAAAAAACCCCAACUACAAAGGUGCCUGGGUGCAUCCAGAGAUCGAUAAUCCUGAAUAUGCUCCUGACAUAAAUAUCUACAAAUUUGAGAACAUUGGCGUGAUUGGACUGGAUCUGUGGCAGGUGAAAUCUGGUACUAUCUUUGACAAUUUCCUCAUCACUGAUGAUGAAAAAUAUGCAGAAGAGUUUGGCAAGGAGACCUGGGGAAAGACCAAGGAUCCUGAGAAGAAGAUGAAGGAAAUUCAGGACGAAGAAGAAAGCAAACGGAUGGCUGAGGAAGUGAAAAAGAAAGAUGAGGAGGCUGAUGAUGAUGAUGAGGAGGAGGAUGAUGAUGAAGAGGAUGAGGAGGAAGAAGAGGAAAAGAAAGAUGAGGAGGAGGAGGAGGAGGAGGAGGAGGAAGCACCAAAAGACAAAACUAAAGAAAAAGAUGAAUUGUGAAAUCUGUAUAUUCAGCCAUGCCCAAUGUUUUUCUGCGAUUUUAAUCCUUUCACCUGUGUCAUUUUAGUUUCUGACUGAAAGUUCUCCCAAAUAGUAACGCGAUGGUUACAAACUUGGGGCUAUAGGCUUAACUACUACAAUUUUCUUUUUGACAGAUAAACCACUUCAUCACAUCUUGCACAUGCUGUGACUCUUAAGUGCAUCAGUAGAGCUUGGGUGCUAGGUGAAUCUGUUGAGAAUCAGAAUCACUGUUUUGUGCCAUUAGCAUCUAAUGGAGCCGAGCAAUGGUUAUAGUUAAUUACUGGGACCUACUGAUUCAAGCCAUGCUAAGGUGAAGAUUGUCUGACUCAUCUUUUGAAAUUCGUAUCUUUGUUGGCUCUUUCUGCCCUAUCAUAGUCCUCUGGAAAAAAGGUGUUGGUUUGUGGCAGCUAUGUUUUCUUACUGGGAAGGGAGAAUGUCUGUCUGAAUCGGUCGAUUGUCUCCACAGUUGAGAAAAGUCCUCACGGCAGAUAGGAUAUAAGUUUCCUAGUGUGGACCUAGAGAUGCAAAUUUAUUCUGGGGGAAGCUCCUCAAACAUCUUAUUACUUUAGUUCCUCUGCUGAAUGAAAUGUUUCUGCCUGACUUGAUGAAUGUACUACCAUGAACAGUACUGGGUGUAGAUCCCAUCCCUGACAUAAUAUAGCGGAGAAGUAAUGAAUAGUAUAAUGCCUCCUAAAUUUUAAGAGAUCAAGAAUUAAACAAUAGCUGCAUGUUUUUACAUAGGACUGGCAAAAUUAACUUUGUGAUUAAGCUGCAAUGUAUGUAAAUUAUGACAUUGAUAUAAAUACUACAGCUGCGUUACUUGAAUGCGAUGCAGGAAUCGAAGGAACAAAGUAAGGAAGUCACCUUAAAUUUAUUUUGGUUUUAUAAAAUUGGAUAAAUUUUGGUAUUUAUCGAAUCUAUAGCAUAGCUUUGUGUCAGGAACUUUUCAAGUUGAGGAUCUGGUGAAUAGAUUAACCAUCGCAUUAAAACUGCAUUCACAUCAGUACCGAUGGUUUGAGAUGGAAACUUCCAUUGUCAGAUCUUGGUGUAAAUAAUUGCAAUUGUAGGUAAUACCCCACUUUUCAGCUGAGGUUUUGAUUAUUUUUGGUACCUUUUCAAAAAAGAUGUCUGUCUUUAACUGAUUUUGUAGGAUCUGAAUGUAUUUCCAGAGAGAACAUUUGUUUUAAAUAAACCUGUACAAAAAUUG